AUGCCGCAGAGUCAGGAUGCAAUUCCUUGCACAACUGAGAAGCUUUAUAAUUUAUUAUUGAGUGAUGACUCUAAUUUCACAAACGAAUAUCGCUCAUCACGGAAAGACAAAAAUCUUACAAUCGGACAGUGGCAUGCUACAGAUGAAUAUGAAGGUCAAGUGAGAGAGAUUACAUUCAGAUCCAUUUGUAACAAUCCUAUGUGCCCUCCAGACAGUGCCAUGACUGAGGAUCAACAUUUUGUUUUAUCAUUAGAUAAGAAAAAGCUUGUUUUUGAAACUGUACAACAGGCACAUGUUGUUCCGUUUGGCACCUACUUUGAAGUUCAUUGUCAAUGGAUUGCAGAGACCAAUGGUGAAAACUCAUCUACUUUAGAUAUCAAAGAAGGUGCACAUUUUAAGAAAAGGUGUGUGAUGCAAUCGAAAAUUAAGUCAGGCGCUGUUGAAGAGUACAAGAAAGAGAUUGAGACAAUGUUAGAUGUUGCCCGUUCGUAUAUAGAGUCACAUAUUGCCAGAGGUGAGACCGAUAACUCGUCGUCGCCACCCUCAAUUACAAACGAUAUCAGCUAACUCGGG